GCUCAAGGGACGCGUCGGGGCGCGUUCUUCUGGGCUGAUAAGAAGGGGAGCUGGGAUGUUUUAUAGUCACGAGAUUCUUACUUCUCCCGAGCAUGGCGUUGCUACGGUCUGGCUGGUCGCCACUCUGGGCUCGAGAUCUAUCACUAGAAGACUGAACAGAAAGGCUAUAUUGGAUGUCGAUGUCCCCAAAGCGUGUGGCGUCAUCAUGGAUCCGGCGGCACCGAUGGCGCUGAGGCUUCAAGGAAACUUGCUAUAUGGAGUGUCAAGGGUAUACAACCAACAGUGUGGGUAUACACUCACAGACGUCCAAGCGAUGCAUGAUAGAAUGAGAGCGGUGCUCAAGGUCAUGCCGGGAGGUGGACUGGACCCAUCAGCAGGAAAGGCUAGGCCAGAGCAGCUCAUUUUACCAUACGACCCGAGUUUCCUCCCGGAAAUCAACCUGCCUGGCUUGGGCCUCGACCUUUCGAAAUUCAGUCUGUCGAUUGACAUGAACCUGAGUCAACAAUCUAGUCUGGCUUGGCCAAAGACACCAGACCUUAGCCAAUCUGUCCUUUCACAACCUACCAGCCUUCGAUUGGACUUAUCUUCUGAUGAUAUCAUCUUGAGAGAUGUAGGUGGAUUCAGCUCGGAUACCAAUGUCACCCGAUACGGUGGAAAAGCCAUUGAUUUUACCGGCAUCGAACCAUUUGCUCUUAACGAGGAAUCUGGCGUAAUUCUCCAACAAGACUUCGAAUUCGAUGAGGAUGGGAACAUCAUCGAGCUUGGCGGCUCGCAUCAAGCCGAAACAAGACCCCGGGGCGUCACAUCAUCGGUGUUCGGAGAGAGAGCUGUAGAAGAUAAGGCGGAUGGUCUAGAAGACAUUGUUAUGGACGAUCAGCCAGACUUUUUUGAUCAACGAGUAAAGACAGCACCAAGGAAAGAGCCAGAAGUGAGGCCAGCUGACGCCCAGAAGACCGCAAGCAACCGUCCUUCAAUAUUCGAUCAGCCAGGCGAAGACGAAGACAUUGUGGAGUCGAAAGCAGCAAUGCAACAGAGACAGAGAGUCCCCAAAGUCAUUGGCUUAGACGACCAGAUCGCACUCCGAAAUACUGAAUUGGCUCAGCUGAAUGAUAACUAUGUGCGGAACAUGAGGGCUGCCUCAAAACAAAAGCAACGAAAUAAACUUCCGACACUAGCAAAGAGAAAUGCUGCCUUCUGGGUCUUCGGUCAAGGUCUUGGAUCUGUCGGCAUUGGUGUGGGAUCUUCUCGUGUCUUGCAUCCGUUGCAUUCAUUCUCGGGCGAGAAACUAUACGAUGCACUCAAUCCUGACCUUAUCAAUAAAGGCAAGAAACGUAUCCACCCCUCGGUAGAGGAAGAGGAUGCCUUCGAAACACGACGUGUACGUCCAAGAGUGGAGGACGAGGAACAGAUCGGCCGCUUCAACGACGAUGGCUUCUGGCAUGGGGAUGUUGAAAUAGGUCGCAAUGCUCCACCAGACCUUCACGAUGACAACUCCAUCCAAAUGCCAUGGAAUGUCACAGCUUCCAUCCAGAGCUCUCGACAAGGUUCCUCUGCCGCGAAGAUUUUCCACGGAUUUGGCAGCGCCAGUGACUUUUCUUCACAUGGCAUCUCUGAUGUUGGUCUUGGAAGGCCACGGAGCCGUCUCACGAGCGCAAGUCCUCUUGCAGGCCGUGGUUUCGAUAUUGAAGCCCUUCACAGUCUUGCGAUUCCCGGCAAUGAAGGUGAUGAGAUGAACAACCUUGAUGACUUUGAUAUAAGCCAGUAUCUACACACUGAACUUGACGCAGAUAAUGCCGGAGUGUUGGAUGAAAAACCAGUAAUCGAAGCCGGUCCAACACGCAUUCAUGCUUUUCAGAGCCUGCAAGCGUUCAAUGAUGACUCGCAAAAAUCAACACUAGACCAGGAGAGCUUGAACUUUUUUGAGUAUCUAACCACCAGACUAACUACAGCAACUGAAAAUAAUAAAGAAGGAUGGACUGGCCUACAGUCGAAUCUAGCCGAGGCAGUUAAGACGAUGUCAUUCUCCACGCUUCUUCCUCCACAGAAGACCUCUCGUGUUGUGGCUACCCAAGGCCUUAUGCAUGUACUCACACUUGCCACUAAAGGUAUUCUCGCAGUACAUCAAGAAGCCUACGAAGACCAAAGCAGCGAAGAGUACGGUGUGCGAUACAAGUAUGGUGAAAUUCACUUAUGCGUACCCGGAUUGUAGAUGUUCCCCUGCAGCAGAGCGUUCGUCAUGUGUUUCCAGCUCCGUGGACGACAGGUCCUUUGUAUUGAGUUCUCAAUUUCCUUUCACUAUGUUCUACUCUCUAUCUACUUACUUCUAAUUCUAAUCUGUCAAUCAUCUUCUAAGCGACCGUUUGAGGUACGCUCGAUUUACUUUCUAAGACAGCCGGCCCAUCUAAAUCUCAUGUCAAUAAUGUCUUACCCCCAGAUAUCACGACUUCUAGUCCGCUUCCUGUAACGUGAGCCAAUAGGCCAACAUCUAUGACUAAGACAUCCCAUGGGUUAGAAAUCCUCGUUGAACAAAGGUAAGCACGGUUGGCAGAUAAGAUUAUAACAAGCCUAUGACCAAUGUCCCAAUGUAGGCGGCAAGUACGGAGUAUAAAUCUCGACAAAGAUUUCCGGAACCAAGAUGACAACAUACAACAUACGAGCCACGACGGAAUGAAGCGACAGGGCAAAGAAAGGAAGGCUCGCG